AUGAAAAGUUUAUUUCUUUGUCAUUUACGUGGUUAUAUAGCACAUAUGUCAUUUGGUGCACUGGUUUAUUCCUAUGUUAUUCAAGCAUGUUAUCGUUUAGUUGGGACAAUUUUUUAUCAUCAAGUUUCCUAUAAUAAUUUAAAAAUCUAUAUGUAUGCAAUUUCUGCUCAAUGGAUUUUUUCAAUUUUACAACUUUUACCUAUUAUACUUGGAAAUAAUCAAAUAUAUAUUAAACAUGAAUAUUUAUGUCAAUUUGCAAUAGAAAACACUAAAGGAAUUUGUUAUAUAAAUUUUACUAACUAUAUGAUACCUGUAAUAAUAAUUAUGAUUAUAUAUUAUAAAAUUACAAGAUCUGUACGAGAAAAAGAAAAUAAUGGUACUUAUAGAUAUAAUAUUCAUCGUACACGUCGUCAGAUGGUGUUAACUCAACGUAUCCUUAUUUUAAUUGCAAUUCUCUUCGUCCUUGGAGGACCCUACACAGUAUUUAUUAUUUUAGAAGCGUUAUCGAUCGCAAGUCCGCCAGUUUAUUCACAUCGUAUUGGUUUUAUGUUUAUUUCAGUAGCUUCUACUUUGAGUAUAAUAACAAUUAUUUAUUUCGCACGAUCAGUAUCUGAAAUAAUUGUCAAUUCUAUAAGCAUUAAGAAGAAAAUGCCACAAAAAUAUGAAUUACAACGACUUAAUAGUAUCAAAUUAACUCCCAUAAUGUAUACCAACAGAAGUACACAUAAAUAA